CGGGAGCAGGUGAGGCCGCCUCCCAAGAUGGCGGAGGCCGGCGCGGCCUGGUUCGCGCUGGCGGGCGGCGGCGGGGGGCUGGUCCUGCUGCUGCUCGUGCUCGUGCGGCGGGGGCGGCGGCCCCGGCACGUGUGCGUGGUGGUGCUGGGGGACGUGGGCCGCAGCCCCCGGAUGCAGUAUCACGCGCUGGCCCUGGCCAAGCGCGGCUUCGCCGUUACCCUGCUCGGCUUCCGGGGUUCCAAGCCCCACGAUGCUCUCUUACACUGUGAGAGAAUUAGGAUUGUGCCUCUGGCGGAGGUCAAGAGGCUCCCAGCUGGGCCCCAGAUCCUUCAGUAUGCCGUCAAAGUCGCUCUUCAAGCCCUGCAGCUUCUGUGGGCCCUCCUGAAGACAGAUCCUGCUGUUUACAUUUUCCUCCAGAAUCCCCCUGGCUUGCCCAGCAUCGCCGUCACCUGGGCAGUGUGCUGCCUGCGUGGAAGCAAGCUGGCCAUAGACUGGCACAAUUAUGGCUACACCAUCCUGGGCUUGACGCAUGGACCCAGACACCCCAUCGUCCAGCUGGCCAUGUGGUACGAAAAACUGUUUGGGCGUUUGUCAGACCUGAACUUAUGUGUGACCAAUGCGAUGAGGGAAGACCUGGCGAGGAGCUGCAACAUCAGGGCGGUGACAGUUUAUGACAGGCCAGCCUCUUUCUUUAAGGAGACACCCCUGGAAUUACAGCAUGAGCUCUACAUGAAACUGGGCCUCACUCACGCCCCGUUCAGAGCACGCGGGGCGCCCCUGGAGCCAGCCAUCCAGAGAUCUGCCUUCACCGAGCGAGACACCCGCAGUGGGAGCGUGAGCCACCUGGAGGGGCGGCCGGCCCUGUUGGUCAGCAGCACGAGCUGGACAGAGGAUGAAGAUUUUUCCAUCCUCCUCAAAGCACUGGAAAGAUUUGAUCAGUUGAGCAGUGAAGGAGUGAGCCUCCCAUCUCUGGUGUGUGUGAUAACAGGCAAAGGGCCUCUCAAGGACCAUUACAGCCACAUCAUCAGUCAGCUGAGCCUCAAAAACGUACAGAUCUGCAUGCCGUGGCUGGAAGCUGAGGAUUACCCCCUGCUCCUGGGAUCGGCAGAUCUGGGAGUUUGUCUUCACAAAUCCUCCAGUGGUUUGGAUCUGCCCAUGAAAGUGGUGGAUAUGUUUGGCUGCUGUUUACCUGUCUGCGCCGUGCACUUCCAAUGCCUACAUGAGCUUGUGAAACAUGAAGAAAAUGGCCUGAUCUUUAAGGAUUCUGAGGAACUAACAGCUCAGCUAAAGAUGCUCUUCUCGGGAUAUCCUAAUCCUGCUGGCAAACUUCACCUGUUUAGGACAAACCUGCGGUUGUCCAAGCAGUUACGCUGGGAUGAGAGCUGGGAGCAAACGGUGCUCCCUUUACUUCACGAAUUUUGACUGUUUCCUCCCCAGUGCCAUUUGUGUGGAGAUGAAAAACUGGCACCUGAAGACUCAGUCUGAUGCCCGAGCCCCGGAGGGUACCACGCCAAAUGGAUCUGAUCCGAGGACAUUGGCUCACCCCCUGGCCGGACUUUGCCCUCAACGACACCUCUGGGCUCCUUGGGAGUUGGAGAAGUGCCCCGAGCACACCCGAUCCCAGGGUUGGGGGUGGGAAUGGGACUGGGAGGGAAGAGAGAAUACCGGUGGUGCCACACGAGCCACCGCUUCUGAAAUCAAUUCCUCUGGGCAGGUUCUUGGUCAGGAAACCCCAGACUUGAAGCUUGGCCUCUAGGCACAUGGGAGACUCAGUCACCAACAGCACUUGUCUUAGGAGUCUGCAGUCACAGGAUGUGAGAACUGACCUGUUUUAUGUCAAUCAUUUUGGGGAGUAGGUUAUUCAUUUUCUGAAUAGGAUAAUGAUGAUGUUUUGUUUUGUUCUGUUUAGCUUUGCUGCCUGUUUCCCCUUUUCAGACUGUGAGCCCAUUAUUGGGCAGGGACUGGCUCAAUCUGUU